AUGACAAAAAUCGGUUUUGCUGUGGAUCGGGGUGGGACUUUUACGGAUGUGUGCGUCUUUUAUCCAAACGGGAAAACGAGAGUACUCAAAUUGUUGAGUGAAGAUCCAGAAAAUUAUGCUGAUGCGCCAACGGAGGCGAUUCGAAGGGUAUUGGAAGAGGGAAACAAAAGGAGAGAUUCGGAGGGAGAAUUGAUACCAACUGAGAAUAUCGCUUGGAUUCGCAUGGGAACCACUGGAUUCAAAGAUCUUUUAUUCAUUGGGAAUCAGUCAAGACCGAGGAUUUUCGACUUUGACAUUCGGAUACCGGAGGUUCUAUAUUCGGAUGUGAUUGAAAUUGACGAACGGGUGAUUCCGAGUAAUCAAAAAUGUGAAAUGAAAGAGAUUGGCGAGGAAGCAAUGGCAACAAAUGGACAAAAAAUCUUGGUGGAACGAUCAUUAAACGACGAGGAAUUGCGUGUUUCAUUGGAAGAGAUCAAAUCGAAUGGUUUUCACUCAUUAGCUGUUCUCUUUCUUCACUCAUACAUUUAUCCCGCGCAUGAGCUAGCCGUUGAACGUCUAGCGAAAGCGAUCGGCUUCAAGAAUAUCUCACUCUCACACAAAGCAAUGCCGAUGAUUAAAGCUGUGCCCAGGGGAUUCACGGUUUGCGCUGACGCGUAUCUGACUCCAAAAAUCGCAGAAAUUGAGAUUAAU